AUGAGUAACCAUGUUCGUGGGCGCUGCGCGCCAGCAGCCGCAAUGUUGGCAACACUACCGGUGACCGUUACCGGCGCUCGGCGCAGGCGAGCUCGGUCGUCCGCGUCACUCUCGUCACUCUUCGUGUUCAACGAGUACACCACAGCUCCGUGUUUGCGUUUGCUCUACUCGCUCGUCCCUCGUGUUGCUCAUUCUAUUGACUGUCGUCGUCCAGUCUGUGAUUCGAUUGUGAAUCGUAAAGCUCAUAACCACCAGCUCCGUGUAGUUUUACCUACUCUCAUAUACUUCGCGUCCACGUGCGCAGCCGACCGCUCGUUGCUCCAUGACACAACGGGGCUUCCGCUCGCAUCCGUGGUCCAGUUCAGCAGCUCAGCAUCUACAGUCCAUCAGCUCAAGACACCAGCCAGGGAGGCAGCUCAGUCGUGUAUUAGUAACAUAAAGGACGUAGAACGGGAUGCUCGAGCCAAGGAGCGAACGAUACUGCGUCGAGAUGGUGUAGUGGCCAGGAUUCGCCAUAUUCAUCAACUGGCUACUAGUUCAGCAACUAACCAGGCUGUUCGGCCUCAGUUAGCUGUUGCUAUUCAGGACCUGGAUGCAUUGUGGGCCAGUUUUGAGGUAGAAAAUAAUGAUUUGUUGUCAAUCCUAUCUAAUUUGAAUUUGCUGACAGAGUUUCCAGUAGGGUUGGAUGUUGAGAUCCGAUCUUACGUUCUCUGUGGUUUCUGUGAUGCUUCCGAGAAGGGAUAUGCGGCUGUAGCGUAUCUCCGCGUGACUGAUCCGUCCGGAGCUACGGCCACAUACCUCCUGGGUGCUAAAACCAAGCUAGCCCCAAUGAAGACCAUGACGAUACCACGACUGGAGUUAAGUGGUGCAUUGCUCCUUGCAUCAUGGUUGGCCAGGCUCAAGCGCAUUUUGGAGUUCCAGUUGGGAAUUUCUGAUGUCUUCGCGUGGUCUGAUUCGUCCAUAGUUUUAUCGUGGUUGAACAUCCCGCAUACGUCAUUCAAGACGUUCGUGUCGAACCGGAUAUUUCAGAUCCAGUCCGCAGUACCUGGUUGCUGCUGGCAACAUGUGCGUUCCGAGGAUAAUCCGGCUGACUGCGCGUCUCGAGUCGAAGCUUGGUCUCAGGAAAUCCCACAGUUACAAUUGGAAGAGCUGCCGGAAGUAAAACCAGUGUGUUUAUUGACUCGUGAAGAUCCUCCAGUCGAAUGGUUUAUUCGGUUCUCCUCCUUUCAUCAGAUGAUCCGCGUAGUAGCUCAGGUACGUCGGUUCAUUCGGUUGUGUCAAAAGAGAAAGGUUGAGUUAGGGUUUUUGAAACAAUCUGAAUUGGAUGAGGCUAUGCUCGUGAUCGUUAGGAGCGCUCCGGAAUGCUAUUUGAGUCAGCUAGUAGUUGGCCUGCGUCGGGGGAGCCCGGUCCAGUCCAAGGCGUUAGCCCGCCUGUGCCCGUUCUUGGAUUCAGACGGCAUAAUCCGCGUUGGCGGACGGAUGCAGAACUCCAAUUGGUCGGAGAGAAGAAAGCAUCCUAUGCUAGUCCCGAAAGAGUCUCACUUAGCGGUUCUGAUUACACGUCAUUGGCAUCUUUAUGCAUGUCACGCUCGACCGCGGUUGCUCAUCGCUCUCGUUCAGCAGCGAUUUUGGGUCAUCGGCGUUCGCCUGAUAGUUCAUCGGGUGAUUCGCAAAUGCGUGUUAUGUGCGAAAAUGUCGGCUAAUCAUCCCCAACCCAUCAUGGCUGCUCUGCCAGGAUUCCGGGUCCGAGAAGCUCAUCCGUUUUCAAUAGUCGGCAUAGAUUACGCGGGUCCCUUACAGAUGAAGGAACUCAGUCUGCGAAAGGCGCGCAUCGUAAAGGUUUACAUUGCGGUUUUUGUCUGUAUGACCACCAAAGCGGUGCACCUAGAACCAGUGUCUGCUCUCUCGACUGAGGCCUUCUUGUUGACUCUAGAUAGAUUCGUUGCUCGCCGUGGCCUACCGUCGUCCAUCUAUUCUGAUUGUGGCACCAAUUUUGUUGGUGCGGCGAGGCAGCUGCGUCUUUUGGUCAACAAUCCGGAUAGUAGAGAUCAGUUGUCAGGUCAUAUAGCGUGCGAAUGGCAUUUCAACCCUCCUGGUGCUCCCCAUUUUGGAGGAAUUUGGGAAGCCGCCGUUAAGUCGGCGAAGUCAUUGCUUGUUCGUGCAAUGGAUUCCCAAAUUUGGACCUUGGAAGAGUUCACAACGGUGUUGUGUAGGGUAGAGGCUGCCUUGAAUUCGCGUCCCCUAGUACCAGCAUCAUCCGACCCAAAUGAUUUAGAAUGUUUGACGCCCGGUCACUUUUUGAUUGGUCGUCCUCUGUUGUCAAUCCCAGAACCUGUUAGUACCAGUGCACAAGUGGGACUGCAGACUCGCUGGAAGCUCCUCCAGCAGUCUUUCCAGUUCUUUUGGCGACGUUGGUCUCGAGAGUAUUUGAACACCCUCCAAGCUCGUGGUAGGUGGACGAAGGCUGAUACCAAUCUCGAAGUUGGUACCAUGGUUAUCGUCAAGGUUAAUGACGCGCCCCCGCUAUCGUGGCCAUUAGGAAGAAUUAUUGAGGUGUAUCCAGGAACCGAUAAGGUGGUACGGGUAGCUAAAGUUAUUACCAAACAGGGGGUGUUUACUAGACCGGUGGUGAAACUAGUACCUCUCCCCACAGAUCCGUAG